AUGAUGCCGAGUGGCUCCACCUUACUAGAAUACUGGAACUGUGCCCUGUUCUCCUUCCUCACUGUAACAGAGGUGGUCACAAGCACAGCACACGGAGCUUUCAAUGUACUGGAGGGAUGGCUUCAGACCUUAGGAGGGGUGUUUGAGAGUUUCAAAAUGGUGGGCCACCUCUCUUCUCAUGUUGCAUGGCGCACCAAGGAGCUGCUACACCGCGGACUACUGUCUGGACAUACUGUGCUUAAACAGACUUGUGACGGUUUUAGCAUCGCGUUCAGCCUCGUUCUCUACUUUGUCAACACUAUCGUCAACAUUCUCCUCAUUGGUACCCAGAACUGCUUCUCUGCAAUGGUAGGGGCCUGGGAGGCAGUGUCAGGCCCCCUGCAUAAAGCCUUGGAAUUGGCCCUCACACUUCUCACCUUCCUAUACAGCUGCCUGGUGGGCACCUCUGUACUGCUUUGGACACCCUGCCAGCUAGCUCUUGAGUUUCUGGGCUCCCUUGGUCAUGUCUUUAUCACAGUGUUCAUGCUCAACAUCUAUGGCUUGCUCCUAACAGCGGUCAUUGUUGCUUUGACCUUGCUAUAUCUCAACCCUGAGCUGCCUCGUUGUGUGGCCCAGCAAUGUCUUCACUUUGUCAACGUAAUCCCAGGAAUGCAAAAUCUACAGAGGACCAUCUAUAGACUUUACCUGCUGGCCAUGGAGCGAGCUCAAGCUCUUCAGGACAAUGCUGCUGGACCACAGGCUAUGGGGCAGGUGGCCCAAGCAAGACAGCCAAGGGGCAGAACAGUACAGCCUUCUGUGGACCAAGGUGGAGUGGGGCACCCAGUUCUGGAUCCAAGGGCCCCAGGUAUUCCUACUGACCAUACAGGUACCCUUCUUCCCCCAGAGCAGACUGGAAGAGAACAAGUGGAGUUAUACUCAACACUUGAACACCUCGACACUAGGUGGGAUGACAUCAACCUUAACCCAGACCAAUACCACCACCAGUCUACAACAAGGACUACAGUGAAGCAGCAGCCUGCCUCUGGCCAAGGCAGCCAGGCCCUUCCAGUUGACACUGGCCUCCUCAGCCUAUUGAAGGAGCAUGAGGAGAGGAAGAAGUGCGUAAUCUGUCAGGACAGGGUCAAGAACGUGUUGCUGCUGCCCUGCCGCCACCUGUGCCUGUGUCGCCACUGCUCGGCCAUCUUGCUACAGCAGCUCCCCCAGCAGCACAACUGUCCCCUCUGCCGACAGGCCAUCACACAAACCAUGGACGUCUUCCUCUGA